AAUCUCACGAGAAAAUAUGAGAUUUACCGAUUAUUGUUUACAUUGCACAAAAUGAGAACCGAAUCGAUUCUGAUUUCGCGAAUCUGAUUGGGAAAAUAUUUUUUUUUUCGUCUAACGUUACAUCAGCUAAUCUUUCUAAAAGGAGACCUUAGGCUGGAACGGGAUUUAAAGAGCCAAUUUAUCAUUCCAGGACUUGAUCCCGGUUCGGUGCUGACCCAGAGCAGCGAAGACGAACAAGAGAAACAAAAUAUCUCAAAAACAACACCACAAUUAACUAACUUCGAAGCGAAUCGAGUAAUUUUGGAUGGGAAAUCAUUAGAUGUGGAUCUGCAGCGAAGUUCCACAUGCCUCAGAUCUGGUAGAAAAGAUAUAUCGCACAAGGCCAGCGGAGAAAGGCGGGUUCGGGAGCUCAAGGCCUCGGAAGUCUCGCAGUCCUCGGACUAUAGUAGGACGCGGAGCUGGCGUCACCUAGCAACACAGCAGGCACCGAGCGCAGGCGAGGGUCGGGGUUUCGGCUGAGGCCUAGCCCUGAGAUGUCGGGCUGAGACGGGAAGGGCGAGACGGGAGACCAGAGGAGGAGAACGGUCGAAGAAAGGAGCUCUAAUUAAUCGGAAAGCGGGAGAAAAGACCUCGAUAAAACAGCCAUGAUGGAGGAACUGCACAGCUUGGAUCCUCGCAGGCAGGAGUUGCUGGAGGCCCGUUUCACAGGAGUCGGAGUUGCCAAGGGUUCUGGACACAACGAGUCAUCUAACCAGAGCUUGUGUAGCGUGGGCUCCCUCAGUGACAAAGAGCUGGAGACCCCAGAGAAGAAAUCUAAUGACCAGAGAACGCGUAAAAGGAAAGGAGACCCCUUUGACAACCAGGGCAAAGGAGGAGGGAGAGGACACAAAAUUAGUGAUUAUUUUGAGUUUGCAGGGGGUAGUGGUACUGGUACCAGUCCAGCACGUGGCAUUCCUCCAGUGGCGCGGUCCUCCCCUCAGCACUCUCUCUCCAACCCUCCUGCUGCCGUGCAGCAAGGAAGCCCCUCCUCCAUCGGCUCCGUAACCACAGACCUCUCCCACUCCUCCUGUUCCCACAAGCCAGCCUCUACACAAACUCAGCACCGAGCCACACAGUCUGAGUUGACAAUGGAGAAGUUAGCAGCGUUGGAGAGCAGUAAGAGUUCAGAUCUGGAGAAGAAAGAGGGACGUAUUGACGACCUGCUCAGGGUGAACUGUGACCUGCGCAGACAAAUCGAUGAGCAGCAGAAGAUGCUGGAACGAUGUAAAGAACGACUCAAUAAAUGUGUGACCAUGAGUAAGAAACUGCUUAUUGAAAAGUCCAAACAGGAGAAAAUUGCAUGUAGAGAAAAGAGCAUGCAGGACCGGCUACGUCUGGGCCAUUUCACCACCGUACGGCACGGAGCCUCAUUUACUGAGCAGUGGACAGAUGGCUAUGCCUUUCAGAAUCUAGUCAAACAACAGGAGAGAGUCAAUGGGCAGAGAGAGGACAUAGAGAGGCAGAGGAAACUGUUGAUGAAGAAGAAACCGCCCAACGCCAGUCAGACUCCUCCUCCCAACCUAGAACCCAACAAACGCAAGAGCAAGAGCAACGGCGCGGAAAACGAGAUGUUAUCUUUAGCAGAAUACCAUGAGCAAGAAGAAAUUUUUAAACUGAGACUCGGACACCUGAAGAAGGAGGAAGCGGAGAUUCAAGUGGAGCUGGAACGGUUGGAGCGCGUGCGUAAUCUUCACAUCCGAGAGCUCAAGAGAAUUCACAAUGAAGAUAACUCCCAGUUUAAAGAUCAUCCUACGCUAAAUGACCGUUACCUGCUCUUGCAUCUGCUGGGCAGAGGAGGCUUCAGUGAGGUAUACAAGGCCUUUGAUUUGACUGAGCAGAGGUACGUGGCUGUGAAGAUUCACCAGCUUAAUAAGAACUGGAGAGAUGAAAAGAAAGAGAACUAUCACAAGCAUGCCUGUCGAGAAUAUAGGAUCCAUAAAGAACUGGACCAUCCCAGAAUAGUCAAACUUUAUGACUACUUCUCCCUGGAUACUGACUCAUUCUGCACUGUUCUGGAGUACUGUGAGGGGAACGAUCUGGAUUUCUACCUGAAGCAGCACAAGCUAAUGUCAGAGAAAGAGGCCAGAUCCAUCAUAAUGCAGGUCGUCAAUGCUCUCAAGUACCUAAAUGAGAUCCGCCCACCAAUCAUCCAUUAUGACCUCAAACCAGGUAACAUCCUGCUGGUGAACGGCACCGCAUGUGGAGAGAUAAAAAUCACAGACUUUGGGCUGUCCAAGAUCAUGGACGACGACAACUAUGGGGUGGACGGCAUGGAGUUGACGUCACAGGGGGCGGGGACAUACUGGUAUCUUCCUCCAGAAUGCUUUGUGGUUGGAAAAGAGCCACCUAAGAUCUCUAAUAAAGUGGAUGUUUGGUCCGUUGGAGUCAUCUUUUACCAGUGCCUCUAUGGGAAGAAGCCGUUCGGUCAUAAUCAGUCCCAACAGGACAUCCUACAGGAGAACACUAUUCUCAAAGCCACAGAGGUGCAGUUUCCUCCCAAACCAGGAGUCUCGCCUGAAGCUAAGGCCUUCAUUCGCAGAUGUUUGGUGUACCGUAAGGAGGAUCGUAUUGACGUUCACCAGCUAGCCAGUGAUCCCUACCUCCUCCCACACAUACGCAAGUCAGUGGCUGCCACCGGUAACAACAGCAUGGCUGUCGCCUCCACCUCCAGCUCCUCCAAUAGCAGCGCCUCAAAUUGAGAGCCCCGUCCAUCCUUGCUUGUUUUGAUUGAAGGAAGGGGUGUAGGGCAUUUGCAUUUUGCCCCGCCCCUCUCUGCAGUGUAGUGGGAGGGGUCUCGAACCCCUUACCUGCCAAACGAGGGAGCAGGAGGAGAGUAAGAGAGGGAUUAAGACGAGACGCAUCCCCCUCCAUCCUUUUUCCUCUCCCAGGCAUCUGGAGGGUUGUUUUGUUUUUAUUGAAUGUUUUUUGGAUGGGUGGGGACUUAAAAUUGCCCCCAGUGUGAGACGGAGUGAGAGGAAUUCAAAAUAAGGGUGUGUUACAUGAGAAGGACUGAACUGCUAUGGGUCAGACUGAUGGGAGAGACUGGUAUAUGCCCUGCACCCCACAAUACACGAAUACAUGUAUAGAUACAUUUAUGACGAGGUCAGCUUGAAUAAUAUUUUUUUUUUUCUUACAUGGCAACACCGUUCAAGGGACGAGCCCACUCGUAUUAAUGUGCAUUCAAGUGUACAAUAUUCCUAAAGAAUCUGGAGUCGCUCCCUGCUGACACAAAGCCUGUCCCGGCCCGUUUUCCUCGCUCGUACUUGUUAUUUUUUGUCUCUGGAAUGGAUCUAUGAACUUUUGGAAGCAAUACUGUCAGUGGGUUCAUUUCAACCGUAGUUAACCCUAGUUUAAACUCCUUUCUGAUCUCCGAUCACAUAAUAAAUGCUGAGGCCAAAUCAGCAUCAGGACCUCUAUGUUAGCUGAUUGUCUAUGCUGGGAAUCAGAUGUUUGUACCUUGUGAGAGAUGGACAGGUCUAGCCCGGUUGUUUGUCUUUGGAGGUGUUUGUCUUUGUUUUUCUCACCCGUAUUCUAUGACCAAAGCUGAGCUCUACCAGUAGGUGGUGCUGUUUGACUUGAGUGUUUACUUUUCUUUUCUUUGUUUUUUUCUUUAUGCAGGUAUGUCAUGAAUUUUAGGAAGCAUAUUCUUUUAGAUUUAGCGACACUAACUGACCCCCCCCCCCCCCCCCCCCCCCCCCAAGUACGUUCUUGUUUCGCAUUGUGUCUUUGGACUCAAUCUAAUGUUGGAAAAUGAGAUAAAGUUAGAUUUUAUUUUUCAUUGAUUAAAAGUGUUGUGCCUCACAUAGAAACAUACAGACACAAAAAUUGCGUUCAAAAAUUACAGUCAUAUAUGUUUAGGUCUGGUGAUGCAGUUAAUUGCCUGAUCCUGUUUUACUGUUUGUGGGAAAGAACUCUCUAGCGGGGGCGGAGCUAGUUCAGGGGUACAGGGCAGAACUCGGAGCGAUCAUUAAAUACUAUUGGUUAUUAA